AUGAGGUUUUCUUUAGCAUUAAAGGAAAAUAAUAUUUCCAUUAAUCUAGGUACCUUAAGAAAAUAUGGAUUAAAAAUAUUUGAUUAGUUCAAAAUAUCAAAAAACAGUAGAGAAAAUGGAAUAUAUAUAAAAUUGCCUGAGACUGAUGAAAAGUUAUUAUCAAAAGGUCAAUAUAGUAGAAACUAUUUUUUAAUAUUAAAGGGUAACAUUCAUCAAGGAAAAACUCAACAGAAAACAAUGAAAUAGUAGAUAAUGAUUAAUUUAUGUUAUCUCAUCAUUAAAAUAAAAAAAAAGUUGAAUUUUAACAAAAUGUUUUAGUCUAUGGUUACAUAAAUUAAACUUAUAAGAAAAGAAAUAAAGAUGGUUCAUAAAACCAUUGUUUAGAAGAUAAAGACAAAAAAUUUAAGUGAUGAUCUUCGAUUAUUUCUGACAACUUUAAAUAUAAUGGAAAAUCUUAAUUGA